AUGCAGGAGAGUAGCAAGAAGAAUGUCCUCCGGUGCAUCAGUCAACAGGACAGCUUGGAAGACAUUGAGUUUCUUCCCCUUCCAGAGAUCGAGGAUGUGACGAGUUCCCUGAAUUUCGACACCGGUGAUUGCCACAUUUUAGGAGGCUGCGAUCUUUACACGACAAAGGCAGCACGUGCCGACCGGAAGUUGUAUAAGAACAUCGAACAGUCGCUUGAAGCGCAAUACGAAUCGACUCUUCGCCUGUCCGCAUCGUUGUCGCCUCCAAAUGCGUCGGACGCGGCCGCCUCGCUCAAUUUAUCCCGGUCUAGCCCCUUCGGACCCCUGAGCGAUCAUUCCAGCCGGAGAACCUUCGCCUAUCUAAUCGCAACCCUAAACGCAAGCCAUCCAGAUUACGACUUCUCUCAUGUGUUGCGCCCGUCGGACUUCCAUCGCGAGAGGAACAUCAAACGGGUGAUGAAUACGAUUGAUUCCACACUGUUCAACCUUCGGCCACGUGAAGCCAUCGACCUCGCUCCCCCAUCACCAGUGACAAUCUCGGGGUCAUACAAUGCCGGGGCCUCUGCUACGUGGGGACCGAGGAUGUGGCAAAUAAUCGAUGAGCAGCUAUCGCUCAAUGAGUGCUCCAUCUACUCCUACUCUCCGGAAGAAGAUCCUUCCGAUGCGGACGACGGAGCGAUCUGGAGCCUGCACUACUUCUUUUUUAACCGUACUCGGAAGCGUGUCUGUUAUCUCUACCUCAGAGCCAUCCCGAUCCUUAGUCACACGCCUAGCGAUGGAGUUGCUACGCCGACCGCAAAGAGGACGUACGACGACGGCUAUCUCACACCGGACCUUGGGUCAAGCAAGCGGGCCCGCUACUGGCUCGGCGACGUGGUGCACUUGGAAGACGAGAGCGAGUCCGACGAAGAGCACGCCAGCAAGCCAGCCCGACCCGUUGUGGACGAAUACGACAACUACGUGCUCAGCGACGAGGAAUUCCGAUCUAGAUCUGGCAGCAAGGGCACGGUCCGUGCCAUGAGUGAAGAAAUUGCCGACUCGAUGGAGGUUUAA